AUGAGGGGAAGGGAGGGAUGGGGAGAGCGAAGCAAGGAAAAGAGAGAGAGAGAGGGAGCGGAGGGGGGGUAGUACACUACGAAACUAAUCGGAUUAUGGGAAAGUUUAGCGUGUGCCUGUUUCUCUAUUCUACAUUGGUUUGGUAUGUGUGGUACUUUUAAUUUCUGUACUGCCUGUCUGUUUUCUGCCCGAAAUGAGGACCGGAAUUUUUUCUCAUCUCGAUCAUGACAUUACAAAUCGGUGGAACUCUCUCGGUUUGAUUUGCUUAGGAAAGAAGGAUUUUUAACUUUUGAAUUAAAAUUAAAAUAAAACAACAAUAAUCGUCUAAUUUCGAAUGCGGACUACAAACCCGUGUUGCCUAGGUUGAUAUUCCAGAGAGAGAGCAGAAAAAUGGUUUGAUGUUUAUUUCUCACGGAAUGCGGGAUGAUGGAGUUGAAUUAUUAACCGCGAAAUAUUCCCCAAAGGAGUCGGAGCGGCAGUUGGCCUGUUGGAUUACGUCAAAACUAUUUGCCAAACCUUCACUGUCAUUCCAUUUCCAGGCUCUUUACAAAGUUAAACUCAUAAUCCGCGUUGAUGUUGGCAAAAACAUCCAAGUGCGCCAGCCCACAUCCACCGUUCUUCCCCCCAAGGAGGACAGCCACCUAGGGGGUUAGAUGGUUCUGAUCACGGACGAGAGAGACGGAGGUGGCUCCUCUACUACGACCCGUGUCAACCAGCAGCAGCAGAGCACCAAAGGCGCCAGCGCUUUCGUCCAGGUCCACCCGACCAUAACCGCCGAACCGCCGUCAAACGACGACUCAUACCUCGGGUCCUGUGAGUCUGAGGGAGACGAGGACGAUGACUACGAGGAAUACGACGAUUUAUCGUUAUUACCGGACACCAAGAGUAUCGCCUCGGACGACUCAUUCUACCCACCGGACGAUGCGUUCGCGGACAACGAGCGGACCCCCUCUCCGCAGAGUCCCGAGCCGUUGUCGUUCUUCCAGGCGUGCUGCACCAACAAUGCCACGAUAGUCCGGAUCAUGAUCCGACAAGGUGUGAAGGAGGCGGAUGUGAGGGAGACGGAUAAAAACAACAGGACGGGGCUGAUGGUGGCGUGUUACCAGGGUUACGUUGACGUUGUCAUAGCGUUGGCUCAGUGUUGUCACCUGGAUGUCAACUGGCAGGACACUGAGGGGAAUACCGCCCUCAUCACAGCUGCACAGGCAGGUCACAUAAUGAUCAGUAACUACCUGUUGAACUACUUCCCUGGUCUGGACAUAGAGAGGAGGAACUGCCAUGGCUUCACUGCUUUGAUGAAGGCUGCUAUGCAAGGCAGGGUGGAGUGUGUACGAGCCCUGAUGCUAGCAGGAGCUGACAUGGAGGCAAGGGACUUUGGUCGUCAGCUGACCUCCAGAGAGUGGGCGUUUUUCACAGGACGCUACGACAGCGCCUGGGCCAUGACACGCCUCCACUCCAGACCCUGUCCUUAUCAACUGUGUGACGCAUACAGUCCAGAGUGGCCCCAGCUGGCGUCUCUAGUAUCUAAGGCCCGGGAGCCUCGAGGCUGUAUGCAGCGUAUAUCAGACACCAUACGAAACGCUCUGACAUUUGCCAACAUCACAGAGCCUCACGACGAAGGAGUAUUAGAUCACCUAGUCACCCUGACAACAGCACUGGGGAGCCCCUUCGUGGCAAUGGCUUGUUCCACAGUGUGUCCAGCAAGCCCACCCUGCGUGGGUAAACGUCGCUACUCUGUCCCAGAGAUCCUCCGACGCCAACGGGCCAAAGAACUGAAAACCCAGAACCCUGAGAGGCUCGACAACCACAGCAAACUCUUCCAGAACUCACAGGUCACUCUGGUGCCCAAAUCUCCAAAGGACCGGCGAACCAUCCUGCUGCCGUCGAACAAAAACCCCACCACGACUAACCCUACCCUCGGUAAGGUGUCUGGGGCUGGGGCCUCUUCCUCCAUGGCCCUGAGAAAGACUAGCCUGCUGCCUCUGGGUAUGGUGAAGUGUAGCAGUGUGCGGCCGGGGAUGUCCAUUCCCAAGGUGAGAAUCUCUAAGGCCCCAACGCCGACCUUUGAACCUGAGAGGGUCCACAGGAAGAGCAGUUUUAAAGACGGAGGGGGCGACUUCCUGCAGCUUCCCAAGUGGAGGUAUAAAGAACUGAAGGAGGAGAGGAAGAGAGCGGAGGAGGCGGAGAGGAGGAGAGUGGAGGCGGCCACGAGGCGGCACCUGGGUUCCAGGAAGAGGAAAUGACAUCGUAGGAGGAAGUGAUGUCACUCCACCCUGUCCUCCACUGUUGCCUAGGUUGCAGUUCAGGGUUUUUUAUUUUGCUUUUUGAGGGAGUAAAAGUGACAGUGCUUUAUUUUCUAAUGCAUUUGAUUCACAAAAUCAGCAGUAUUUUUAUAGUGUGAUUUCUGUAUUACCUGACACUUACCCAGGCUACAAACCCAUAUGAUCUGACCGUGUACAGAUCAUGUUUCACUAAUAUAUCUGACACAUCACACGUUGAAACUUUAUUGCCUAAAAUGAUGAUACUAUACGCUUCGGGAAGGGUUAGAAUGGGACAAAUAUAAAGGGUUAAAAUAUUGCGUAGCCUAUAAAACCUUUGAGUAAGCCUACCAGCAUGUCAAACUGACUUAUCCUCAAAGAUAAACAUAAGAUAAGCAUUAUUUUGUAACCAAUGGCAUUUGACUGACAUUUUUAGAUAGGAAUUGUGCUUUGAUAUGUUGAAAUGACUUUAUAUUGGCUUUUUGAAAGCUUUGCUAAUUCUGUGAAUGUAUUUUGCAUAUAGAUUGUACCUCAUCAGGUAUUUUUUUAUUAUGAGUAUACUAUAUAUAAACUGUUUUUAUUUUCUAAUAAAGUAGGCAUAUUUUGAGGAUGUGAAUAAAAAAGAAAUGUCUUAGAGCAAUAUUAUGUAUCAAAUGGGGGAAAACUAAAACUAUAUCCUGAAAUGUUUACAUGUUAUGAAUGAGAUCAAAGUAUUGCUACUCUGACCUCAGAUCAACAUCUAGGAGCACCUUCAUCAUGUGCUUAUUACAAACACAGGUGUGCAUUCCGAUCAGACAGAAGCCAUAUUAUUGGUUGAGAAGUUGAACAGAAAAUAAAGGAUGAAAAUAAUAGCUGGGAGGUAGGAUCACAAAUGGCAACUGGAAAGUCUUGAUAUAAUAUAGUAUUAUUUUGGUAGGGAUUAAUAUAAUAUAGUAUUAUUAUGGUAGGGGUUGAAAUAAUAUAGUAUUAUUUUGGUAGGGAUUUAUAUAAUAUAGUAUUAUUUUGGUAGGUAUUUAUAUAAUAUAGUAUUAUUAUGGUAGGGAUUUAGAUAAUAUAGUAUUAUUAUGGUAGGGAUUGAUAUAAUAUUAUUAUGGUAGGGAUUGAUAUAAUAUUAUUAUGGUAGGGAUUGAAGAGAACAAUCUAGAAGAAAAAGAAACACACACCUAUUUAGGCGAGGUGCUGGCUAGCGGAGUAGAAAACGUAAAAAUAAAGGAGAGCCGCACACUCUAGGAGCUCAGAUGCAAAAGUAUUUAAUUUACCAACGUUUCGACAGGCAAGCUGUCUUCUAAAUAUUUUUGCAUCUGAGCUCCUAGAGUGUGCGGCUCUCCUUUAUUUUUAGGGAUUGAAGAGAAGACAAUUUCACAGUGAUAACCCCAAAGACAGGACUGGCUUUAAGUGCCAUAUUUUAGGUGCGUCUAACAGCCAAUGUGAUACGUUGCUAUGGAGUUACUAGGAAGCAGUGGUUGGCCCCAAAAAUAAUUGAUGUAAACAAAUGGAGCAGGCUAGGCAGCAGGAGCGUAACACUAGAAUGCUUUCCCAGACAUAUCACAAAGACUCCAGGUGAAUCCUGUGUCUGCCCUGGUCCCCCUUUAAAAGGAAUGGACAAAAACUCUCUACACUCUCUGCUUAUACGAGUCCAAUUUUUAAAAAGUCUUUAGUGAACACGUGAACACUUCUCUCAGGAAGCCACGCUAUGGAUUUACGAAACAGAUUCACAAGAUUUUGUUUGUUUGAGUGGUAAUGGAACUACAAUGGGACCAGCGAUAUCUAGUCCGUGUACUCUACAAUAUUCUGGUUUAUGCUGAAUAAAAACACAACUGGAAUGCAA